AAAAUGUAGUAACACAGUUUGCUCCUGCCCACGUGCAAAACCAGACACGCGCACACCACCACAACAGUACGAGUGCCGCAACAGCACAAGCACCACCCCGCGCACACGAUGAACGCGAGCGAGCACGCACAGCAGCUCGAGGAGCUGAAGAAGUCUGAUCCAGAGUUCUACAAGUUCCUGCUGAAGGAAGACAAGUCGCUGCUUAGCUUUGGUGAGGAGGUGGCAGAGGACGAGGAGGACAAGGAACAGCAAGAGGAUGGCGCAGCAGAGGGGCUCAUGGAUGAGGACGAGGAUGAGGCCGACGCGGGCGAUGUGAGCUUCGAUGACGAUGAUGAGGCACAGGAGGACGAGGAGGAAGAGAAAGAGGUGAAGGGUAAGAAAGGGAAGAAGGGUAAGAAGGAAAAGAAGACAAAGGCCGAUAAGCAGAAGGAUGCCAAGAAGGACAAGGCAAAGAAGGCUGUGCCGACCUUGGAGCAAGUGCUGGACGAUGAGACCAACCGCCUCGUCACCGUUCGGCUUGUCAACUACUGGAGCAAACGCCUUCGCUUGAAACCUCUGGGCACCAUUCGCAAGCUGGUCAUUGCAUUCCACUCUGUGUCACAGACAGAUUCACCACACGCCAAGAAGAAGGACGGUGAUCUCGAGCAGUUGCCAAAGUUCACCGUUGCCACGCCUGCAGCGUACAAUGCGUUGAUGCACCUGACGCUCUCGCAAGUGCCGGCCUUCCUCCAUUCCAAGAUCAACGUCAAGGACAACAAGACGGACAUCACAACGCAGCCGUCGUGGAAGAAGGUGAAGACGGUGAUCAAGGCGUUUACCACCGCAACCCUGACGCUGAUCAAGCAGGCGACCAACCAGGACAUGCUCGUCAUCCUCGUGAAGACCCUCUCCCAGCUCGCACCUUUUGUCAACGGGCUCCCCAAGCUUCGGCGGUCUGUGGUGAAGGACGUGGUUGCGGUGUUCACGCGAGAGCAGGCGCCCGUCACCGUGGCGGCGGUGCUGCUGCUGCGGCAGUUUCUGUACUACGCCACCCCGAUUGUGGCCAUCAACAUUCUCAAGAGCACGUACAUGGCAUAUGUCCGCUGCACCAAGUUUGUCAACUUGAACAACCACGAGCACGUGCGCCUCAUGCGCACAGCAGUGAAAGAGCUGUUUCUGCAGGACCCGCCAAGCGCGUAUCAGCUCGCGUUUGUGUACAUCCGUCAGCUCUCCGUGCACGUGCGCGAUGCCCUCGCCCUCAAGCGCGCCACAGCCAUGCAAACCGUCCACUCCUGGCAGUUUGUCGCCUGCAUCCAACUGUGGGCGGAGGUGCUUGCUGAUGGGAAGAAGAACGACAAGGACCACCUGUUUGAGUCGCUCUCGUAUCCGCUGAUCCAGGUUGCAAUCGGCUCCCUCUCCCUCUCCGUCAAUGCCAGGCACUUUCCCAUGCACUUUCACGUGCUGCGUGCGCUCAUCUCCCUGGGCGCCAAGACGCGCACCACCAUCCCGCUCGCGCCCCACAUCCUCGCUCCACUCAACAGCGCAGAGAUGAUGCGGAGGCCGAUUCGCCGGAUGAUGAAGCCGCUCAACAUGGCCCUCCUCCUCGCGUUCCCCAAGGCGCACAUUGGCACGAAGCCGUUCCAGGAUGCGGUGCUGCAAGAGGUGACGGGCCUCAUGCUGCAGUACCUCCACCCCUUCUCCGCCCACAUUGGUUUCCCCGAGCUCGCCAUUUCCAUUCAGGCGUUUUGCCGCACAUUCACCCGCAAGUGCAAGGUCCCGGAGACGCGCCGCGCCGUCAAGACCCUUUCAGACCAGAUUGAGAACAACUCUGCGUUUAUUCUGCAGCACCGCGGCAGCGCCGACCACAGUCCCCUCGACACAGAGAAGAAUGAUGCGUUUGAGGCGGCCAUGCAGCAGCAGGAGCCGCCGCUGCAGAAGUACGUCGAGCUCUGGAAGGCGCACGAGCUCAAGAAGCAGAAGCUCCUCAAGUCCCACGGCACGGUGCCCGAGGAUGACAUUGAAGACGAAAAGGCUGCGCGCAGACGGAAGGGCAAGGGCGGCGAGGACGAGGGCGAGCCAGCGACCAAGCGCAGCAAGGCCGAGGAGGAGCUGGCAGGGGACGAAGACCUCGAGGAUGACGGGGAGGAGGCCGAUGAUGGUGAAGAUGAGGAGAACAACAACCUCGACUGGAUGUUCGAGUAAUCUGUGCAUGUGUGUGUUGUGUUCAUGUGUGUGUGUGUGCAUGUGUGUUGUGUUCAUGUGUGUGU